GCUCUCUUCUUCCUCUGAACGCUAACUGCAACUUCAAACUUCCCUGAACAAGCUAUCAUUUUCCACAGAACCCCUAAUCAUCUCAAAGUUCGCCAAAUUAUCUUGAACGUCAUUUCAGCUCAACUGCCCAUUCACAGCAAAAUUGACGGUUAGUCUCUCACUAAUCACUAUGCCCUACUACUCCUUCGUGCCAUCUUGAAUUUCGUUUCUGUUCCAUGUAUGCAGCUUUAUUUGAAGAAUAUGAAAAUUAUUUGUUUGAUUUAUGUACCUGUAGAAUAAUUAUUUGCUACGAGAAAACCAUGGAUUUUGAACCACUAACAGUGGGCAAUGAUGUAACUGAAUUUGACAUGUUGGGACUGGGUAUCGGAAUUGGUUUGGGAGAAGAAACCAUUGAUAUUGCGCAUCCAAUGGAUGAGGAUGAGGACGAGGAUGAGGAUAAAGAUAGAAACUUUGUGAACCCUUUUCAUAGUAGUAGUGAUGGGGUGAAUUUCAGUGGCAAUGGCGGUAAUUCUGGAGAAAUUUGUGUUCUUGGUGGAGAUACGAAUCUUGAACCCUAUGAGGGAAUGGAAUUUGAGUCUGAGGAAGCUGCAAAAGCGUUUUAUAAUUCGUAUGCACGUAGGAUAGGUUUUAGUACUCGUGUAAGUAUGUCCAGGAAGUCUAGGCGUGAUGGUGCUAUUAUACAAAGGUCGUUUGUUUGUGCGAAAGAAGGGUUUCGUAUAGAGAAGGAGAAGUCUGGGUGUAACGGUGGUAGGGCUAAGCGGCCUCGGGCUGAGACUAGGGUAGGGUGUAAGGCGAUGUUGGUGGUUAAGAUUCAAGAUUCGGGAAGUUGGGUCGUGUCUAGUUUUGUGAAAGGGCAUAACCAUGAGCUUGUUCCGCCUGAUAAGGUGCAUUGUCUACGUUCACACAGGCAUGUUUCUGGGGCUGCCAAGUCAUUGAUCGAUACCUUGCAAGGGGCUGGUAUUGGCCCCAGUGGGAUAAUGUCAGCUUUGAUAAAGGAGUAUGGAGGAAUUAGUAAUGUUGGGUUUACGGAGCGUGAUUGUAGGAAUUAUAUGAGAAGUAGUAAACAGAGGACUCUUGGGGGUGAUACUCAGGUUCUCUUGGAUUAUUUUAAACAGAAGCACUUGGAGAAUCCUGCUUUUUUUUAUGCAGUGCAGGGAGAUGAGGAUCAGUGCAUGAGCAAUAUCUUUUGGGCUGAUCCUAAGGCUCUGUGUAAUUAUACUUAUUUUGGGGAUACUGUUACAUUUGAUUCAACUUAUAGGUCCAACAGGUAUAGGUUGCCUUUUGCCCCAUUUACAGGGGUGAAUCAUCAUGGACAGCCUGUUUUGUUUGGAUGUGCCCUUCUCAUAAAUGAGUCUGAGGCAUCAUUUGUUUGGUUGUUUAAAACUUGGCUCGCUGCAAUGUCUGGUAAGCUGCCCAUCUCAAUCACGACUCAUCAUGAUCGAGUGAUUCGUUCAGCUGUCACCCAAGUUUUUCCUGAGGUACGUCACAGAUUCUGCAAGUGGCACAUUUUCAAGGAAUGUCAGGAAAAGUUAUCUCCCAUGCUUUCUGAACAUCCAACUUUUGAGGCAGAGCUUCAUAAAUGUGUCAACUUUACUGAUUCUAUUGAAGAAUUUGAAUCUUGUUGGUGUAACCUUAUUGAUGGAUAUGCUCUUCGGGAAAAUGAAUGGCUUCAAAAUGUUUAUGCUGAUCGCAAGCAGUGGGUUCCUGUGUACUUGAGGGAUACUUUUUUUGCUGAACUGUCUAUUACACAGCGCAGUGACAGCAUGAACUCCUACUUUGACGGAUAUGUAAAUGCUUCAACAACAGUUCAAUUAUUUAUAAAACAGUAUGAGAAGGCUCUGGAGAGUCGCCACGAGAAAGAGGUUAAAGCGGAUUAUGAUACCAUGAACGCUGCACCCAUUCUAAAGACGCCAUCACCAAUGGAAAAACAAGCAGCUGAUAUUUAUACUAGGAAACUAUUUAUUAAGUUUCAAGAAGAAUUGGUAGAAACACUUACCUUCUUGGCUACAAAAAUUGAGGAUCAGGAGGAAGCCACCACGUAUCAAGUUGCCAAAUUUGGGGAAAGUCAUAAAGUUCACUUCGUCAGAUAUAGUGUCAGAGAAACGAAAGCAACCUGUAGCUGUCAGAUGUUUGAGUUCUCUGGUCUACUUUGCAGACAUAUAUUAACAUUCUUUAGGGUUGCAAAUGUUCUGACUCUUCCACCUCUUUAUGUUUUAAGAAGAUGGACAAAAAGUGCGAGAAGCAGUCUAAUGUUGGAGGACGCAACCAAUGAUCUGUCAAAUGGCUCUCGAGAAUCUCUUACUGCCAGAUAUAACAAACUUCGUCAUGAGGUUUUCAAAUAUGUGGAUGAAGGUAUGCAGACUGAGGAAACUUAUAAUGCGGCAAUGGAUGCCUUGCGAGAGGCUGCAAAUAAAGUUUCCAUGGCUAGAAAGACGGCAAGAACAAGUUCAGAUUCCAAUAGAACCCGCAAGCAGGAUCAUUCUACACUUGAACAUGAUGAAAGUAACAUUGAUGGUGUUCAUCCAUUGGAUUCGGAUGAGCAGGACAAGAAGAUACAGAAACUCACACGGCAGCUUAAGCGUGCUCAACGGAAAUGUGAAGCAUACCGGGCUAAUUUAUUGUCAGUUCUGAAAGAUAUUGAGCAGCAAAAGUUGCAACUGUCUGUAAAAGUUCAGAACAUUAAGUUAGACAUGAAAGAUUAGAAAUAAAGUAACUCUCUUUCUGUUUACAUGCUGAAUGGUAGAGAAUAUGCAGCAGAAGUCAUUCACUGUAGACAUGGAAUUCUUGCACUGGAAGUGGUACGCAAUCUUGGGGUCAUAAUUAAAUACAAUUACCAAAGUUGUGUGUAUCUAAGACUGUUCAGAGUUGAUUUUGAUGUCCUUUAACCUGGUAUCAUGCAGAAUUAUCAGAAUGAGCUAGCAAGAUUUUUCAUUUCU